AAGGCGCAUGCAAAGUAUAGCUCGCACGUCCAACACAACAUGGCCGGAGCACACAAGCUUGGCGAGCUCUUGCACCGGUGCUCGGUGGCCGUUCUCGACAGCGCAACGUCCCGCGUGUGCUCGCUCUCCAAGGCCUACGCGCAGCACCAGGUCACGGAGCGCGUGGCGCGGUCGCGGCGCGCGCUCCGGUGCAGCGCCGGCCAGGUGUGGCGCCGCGCCGCGCGCUUGAUCAGCUCGCUCCUCGUGCACGUCUUCUACUUCGCCGCCAUCUCCUGCGUCGGGUGGGGGCUCCUCACGGCGCUCAAGGUGCGGGCGCCGCACAGGAGGCCCCGCGGCAUCGACAUGUUCUUCACCGCCGUGUCGGCCGCGACGGUGUCGAGCAUGUCCGCCGUCGAGAUGGAGGUGUUCUCCAACGGCCAGCUCCUGGUCCUCACCGCGCUUAUGUUCAUCGGCGGCGAGGUGUUCGUGUCACUCGUGGGGCUCGCGUCCAAAUGGCUCGAGCUGAGGAAGCAGAUCAGGAACAGGUCGCGCGUCGACAGCCACGACGACGACGUCGAGCUUGAGACGCCCACGGCGGACACCGGCGCCGAGGCUGCAGCCGACGCCGAUGACUCGAGGUCCAUAGCUACCACGGCCACCGAAGCAGAGUACAUCACCACUGUGGUGGACGCGAAGAUGCUGCGGCGCAAUGCGGUGCGCUCGCUGUUCUGCGUCGUCCUGGCCAUCCUCCUCGUGGUGCACGUCGUGGGCGCCGUCUCCGUGGCGGCGUACAUGCGCGCUGCGCCCGGCGCGCGGCGGACGCUGCGGCGCAAGGCCCUGGACGUGUGGACCUUCGCCGUGUUCACGACGGUGUCCACGUUCUCCAGCUGCGGGUACAUGCCGACCAACGAGAACAUGAUAGUGUUCAGGCGGGACGUGCCGCUGCAGCUGCUGCUCGCGCCGCAGGCGCUGGUGGGCAACACGCUGUUCCCGCCGCUGCUGGCCGCGUGCGUGUGGGCGGCGGCCGGGGCGACGGGGCGCGAGGACCUCGCGGAGGUCGCCAGGAAGGGCAGGGAAGCGACGGGGUACUACCACCUGCUCCCGGCGCGGCGGUGCUGGAUGCUGGCCGGGACGGUGGUCGGGUUCAUCGCCGUGCAGGUGGCGCUGGUCUGCGCUAUGGAGUGGGGCGGCGCGCUGCAGGGGUUGAGCGCUGGGGAGAAAGUGGUGAACGCGCUGUUCCUCGCCGUGAACUCCCGGCACACCGGCGAGGCCACCCUCGACCUCUCCACACUCGCGCCGGCCGUCCUCGUGCUCUUCGUCCUCAUGAUGUAUCUACCUCCAUACACAACAUGGUUUCCAUUUGAAGAGAAUUCAACCACAACGGAUCAUUCCACGGAGAGCCAGGGAAUCAGGUUUCUCAAGAGCACAGUUUUGUCACAACUCUCCUAUCUGACAGUCUUUGUCAUUGCCAUCUGCAUCACUGAGAGGAGAAAGCUCAAAGAAGAUCCCCUCAACUUCAACGUGCUCAACAUUAUCGUCGAAGUCGUUAGGUAAUUGAUUACUCCUAGUAGUUAACAGAAAAUAAAAUUCUCAUGCAUACAGAACAAAUCGACAAUUUAUGCGAUAAGAACUUCAAGUUGCGGUUAUGUGGUAAAUGUUUGCAAAACGUCUAAAGAAAUGUACAUAUGCCUGACAAUACUAUAGACUGAAAGAAACACAUUUCCCUUCCUAUCUUCUGGUACAUUUGCUUCCUUGAAUCUGACAUGUUUUAGAUACGUUUUGCAGUGCUUAUGGAAAUGUGGGUUUUUCAAUGGGCUAUAGCUGCAGCAGACAGAUCAAUCCUGACCGACUCUGUACAGAUAGAUGGACUGGUUUCGCCGGGAGGUGGAGCGACUCUAGCAAACUCAUACUAAUUAUUGUGAUGUUCUUUGGGAGGCUUAAAAAGUUCAGCAUGAAAGGAGGCAAAGCCUGGAAGCUUAGUUAGAUGCAACACCUGAAACAUUGCAUGUUCCUGCGGUUAUGGAAUCCAAUGAAGAAUCCAUAAAGUCGCAAAACAAAGAAGAAAUGCCUUCUGUUCUCUCCUUUUUCCCCUCUAUGUGUUCCUUUUCGUGUAGAAGGGAACCUUCUUCCUUGCACAGAUUCUCCUGCAUGUGUUGGCAGUUUUAGAUUAGGUCAAGGAAAAUUAAUCAAGAAAAAAAUUGAUGUGCUAAUUAUCCUGA